AUGCGUCGCCCAUGUUUGACAGAAUGCAGAGCAAACCCUCACGGCUCGGGUCGUCAAAGAAACUGCACCGAUAUCGCUGCCCUCUCAAGCAAAUACAUGACAGUUAGAUGGCAGUAUCUUCAACUGUUAACACUCCGCCAAGGAAAGGUUAAUUCGCCCUUUUCAACCACAGACACGAAUGAAUAUUUCCGGCUUCUCAGCCUGAACCCCGUCUUCUAUUCCGGGGGCUUCAACUUGAAGGAAGACGUUGGCGGAAAGGCGUGUAAAGCAGUAAGUAAACUCGCUUCGGAUAUUUGCAAACGAUCUAAUCGGGUUCGCGUCCCUGCAGACGGAGAACUCUCGGAAGACAAACGGCAGCCUUUCAGUCCAGUAUGUGUUAAAGGUGCCGAGUUUCAUCUGAAUCACCAGCUAUCUACUCAAUACGGGAUAUCAUGCCAGGUUUUUUCACCAUCUGACCAGUAUUCUCUCCUUCGACAACGCAAGGAGCUCGUCAUCAUGUUGGCUAUCAGGGAGCUUCUCAACCCCGUUCAACAAGAUGAUAGUUUCGAAAGCGGUUCCCAAAGAAUAGCUCGGAGUAAGAAUCAGAUCUCGUACCAUGUGCACCAGCCCCGAGGUUUGCAUUCACAACAACACCAAACAGCGGGCAUCCAAAACCAGCGCAUUCUGCUUCCACCACCAAGCACGCAAGGCUCAGUCAACUUCCCUCCGUUUGAAAAUGUCGACGAGAGUAUAAGGCAGAAGAUACUCGCGUGCAAUAUCCCGGAGUUCGGGUGUAUUGCAAGUUCCUGUGAACACAUUCCCUACAACAGUUCAAAGAAGGACUUCUUCGCGAAGACAGGACGAGAAUGUAUUGAAGGUCUGAAACAUGUCGUCUUUGCAAUGACUGUAGCUGAUGAGAAAACCUAG